CAUUGUGGGAAGCGGCUCAUUGUUUACGACCAGGCCUCCAGCGAUACGAGAAUGUAGUCUAAAAGAAAAGGGUUGAAUUUGGAUUAUGACAUAGGCCCUAGAAAGCUUGGAAUCGGUGCACAGGAAUCUCUGUUCCACUUUUUAGCAAGACCUCAGCGGCUCACCGCUGCGCAAGCAGCUCGUGCCGCCCCGCCGUGAGUUAGAAGAGACAUCUCUAUGGUCGAGUAAACAUAGAGCGGUUCCUUUUGCCCCGCGUGGUGACGUUGCGCAGGCGCGAUAGCCGCGGCGUUGGAAAGAUGGCGGAGCAGGAGCAAAGAAAAAAGAUCCCUUUGGUUCCAGAAAAUCUCCUGAAAAAGAGGAAGGCUUAUCAGGCCCUCAAAGCCACCCAGGCAAAACAGGCACUUUUGGCAAAGAAAGAGAAGAAAGGAAAAGAAUUCAGGUUUAAACGGCUAGAAUGGUUCCUACAUGAUUCCUGGCGGCAACGACGUGACCACGUGCGCCUCAGACGACUGAAUGUGAAACCUCAUGGCUUGGAAGUACCAGAUAAACAUUCCUUGGCUUUUGUUGUACGCAUUGAAAGCAUUAGGGGGGUGAGUUUACUGGUGAAAAGGACCAUUGCUAGACUUCGCCUGAAAAAGAUUUUCAGCGGUGUCUUUGUUGAAGUGACUCCUCAAACCAUUAAAAUGCUUCGUACUGUGGAACCUUAUGUGACCUGGGGAUUCCCAAAUCUGAAGUCUGUCCGGGAACUCAUCUUGAAACGUGGACAAGCCAAGGUUAAGAGUAAGAUUAUUGCUCUGACAGACAACACACUGAUUGAGGAGCAUCUGGGGAAAUUUGGUGUCAUUUGCUUGGAAGACCUCAUUCAUGAAAUUGCCUUCCCGGGAAAGCAUUUCCAGAUGAUCUCAGGGUUUUUAUGCCCUUUCCAACUCUCGGUAGCCCGUCAUGCUACCAAGAAUAGAGUCGGCUUCCUCAAGGAGAUGGGCUUACCUGGCUAUCGAGGUGAAAGUAUCAAUCAGCUCAUCCGGCAGCUGAACUAAGUCCAGUAUCUGACAGCACAAUGCAUUGGAAGCAUGUGCUUGGAUUUUGGAAUUGUCCUUAUCUUCAAAGAAGAUUAUUUCCUGCUUUAUCUUCAGAAACGAGGGAAAGGGUCAAGGAGAAGAUGUUGAUGGUCAUUCAGGCUCUUCUCAUCAACACCCAGUUCCAAGAAAAAGUUCCUGUGUGUCUUUCAUGUUGGCCUCUGCGACCUUCUCUGAAAUGAGCAAAGGACUCGUGCCAUGGGAGUCCUGCUUCGUCCCAGCCUGUAUCUUGGCGGUUAAUGUUGGUGAAUGAAAACCCAGGCACAUGUACGAGAAGGCAGUGGACCAAGCCCAGCGGCGUACCUGAACCUUGGGGUUUCUAGGGUCUUGUUUUGGAAAGGACUUAAAUAUAACUAGAAGAGAACAAAAACCGUACUCAGUUGCUUCUGCUGUGAGUCUGUGUUCUGACUUUUCAGUGACAGCCGUGAGAACUCCCUAACUUGACUGGUUCUGUUUACCUGGUGGCUCCCUUAGCCCAGACUGCAGCAGCCAUCUUGGUUCUUUUCUCUAAGAAAACAUGCAUUAACUCAGUGUUUGGCUUGGGAGUUAGGAUGUUCAUGGAUCCUUCUCCUUUAUGUGACGACAUCUUGCACUAUCAGGAUUGGUUCCCAGGUCCUGACUUUACUAAUUUCCUCCGGUUCCUUGUCCUGUGAAAGACCAAAGCAUUUACCAUGAUAGCUUGUUUCAUGCCAGUUGUGUUUCCUAUUAAGAAUACUUGGUGGGUUACUGAGCCCUGCUCAUCUACAACUCUGAAGAAUGCCCUUUUAUUCCAAUGACAUGGCCAGGGGGUGGGUGACUGGGUUUUCUGGUCACACUGAUCUCUUCUCUGCCUAAAACUGAAAUCCAGGAAAGAAAUGAACCCUUUUCUUGGUUUGGCAUAGAUGAAAUUAGUUCUAUUUCAUCUUUUAGGGCCUAGGCAGGCAGCUGCAUUGGACCCUAGUACUGCCCUUAAUCCUGCUGGUGCCAGUGACCAACAGUAGCACUUUGGAUAUUAUAGACCUAAAAAAAAGGGGUCUGGUCCCGCUUGUGUUCAGCAAUGUCCGCCCCUACAUGGGCCUGCUUUUGCUCCUGCUGUGCAGUCUUUUCAGUUUGUCAUCUAAGCAACAGGAGCGAGUGCCAGACCCAGGUUAACGUUUGUGUCCCCAGGUACCUUAAGAUCAGCUUUGCUGCAAUUUUGGCACACAGGGCCCUCGAACAUAACUGUGAGACUGAGUUAAGAGGUAUAACAAUGCCUUAAAAUGUGCCAGGUUAUGAGGUAAUUAAUUAGGUUGGUUGGCUCAAGAGUUAACUUGUCAGGAAUAGAUGUUACUCUAAUACUGUAAAGCGUUGUGAAAUUAGAUUACUUUAAAAUGAUGUAUCAGAAAGUCAUGGGAAAAGAGCUCUUGUGAGUGUGGAAGCCCAGGCUUUAUGUCUCAGCUCUCUUACUCUAAAUAUGGGAAAGUUUCUGCUGUCACCUGUGGAAUUUUGGGCUAAGAUUAUCUCACUUUGGCUGCCUCACAUGCUGUUAAAGAUUAAGGUGGUGGUUUUGUUUUUUGUUUUUUUUAAUAUUUAUGCAUACAAGAUCUGGGGUGCAGGCCAGAGGUGUGGGGAGUGAGAGGAUUCACCAGAGACAGAGUGGGGAGCAGAUCAGGCAGAUCUACUGAAAUACACUGCUGAGGGGAACAGUGGGUGAGACAGGAGAGGUCUGCUGCACCAUGUGGGUUGCGCCCUGGUGGGCGAUCAAACGCGUUGUGGCAGUGGCUCUGGAUAACUUCAUAGGCUGUCUUAACCCCUUGUGCCACUAGGGAGGCCCCCCCAAGAAGAUUAAGUUUUUAACUUUGAGUUCUAUGUAAACCAGGGUAUAAAAGGUAGGCAUUUCUGUAUAAUGUACCAUAGUACCAUUCCUUCACUAAAUUGUGAGACUCAUUUAUGGGAGAAGCUAGACUAUGAUAUAAAAUGUAGGUGAGUGUAUGUAACUGUGGGUUCAUAAGCCAUACGUAUUGAAUAUCUUCCAGGGGUAGGGAAAACAAGUUUGAGGAGGUAAGGAGGGUUUGGGGACCCUAUGGGAGACGACUGCCUUAAAAUCGUGAAUUGGGAUUUCAAAUUCAAGUAUUUACAGCCACCAGAAUAAAUGACCCAGGAGAUAGACCUUCCCUGCAUUGCUAAAGGAGUGUCCCCUGUGGGGUACGCCCUCUGAGAGCAUCCCAAGCUGGGGAGGGAGGAGGGCUAAAGGGAGAACCACGUUUGUGCAUCGCGGAUAAAAGCAUGAGACUUGGUCCAAUCUAUACGUACAAAGACAUUUAUUUUUUUUCUUUUCCACCGACAAUAAUGGUCAGAAAUAC